CCUCCAAGUCCAAGGUAUAUACACUAUAAUAAGGACCAUGAAACAGACAACCCUUUACUCCUGCAGAUGCAAUAGAGAUUCUUGUGAGAGAGAAGAGAGAGAGAGAUGGAGGAGGGUUUGUUGUUGAAGGAAAGGGUAUCAGAAAGGAGAGUGAGAUGGGGAGAGAUUGGGGAGGAGAUGAAGAGGUUGGGUUAUUUAGCAGGACCUAUGGUAGCUGUCACUUUAUCACACUACUUGCUGCAAGUUAUAUCAUUGAUGAUGGUUGGUCAUUUAGGUGAACUCUCUCUUUCCAGCACUGCCAUAGCCAUCUCUCUUGCUGGUGUUACUGGUUUUAGCCUCCUCUUAGGUAUGGCAGGUGCACUGGAAACGAUCAGUGGACAGGCUUUUGGUGCUCAACAAUACGAAAAACUUGGAACUCAAACUUACACUGCCAUUUUCUCUCUGAUCAUUGUUUGCAUUCCUUUGUCCGUCUUGUGGACAAAUAUGGGAACCUUACUCAAAUUUGUUGGCCAAGAUCCUCAGAUUUCACAUGAAGCUGGAAAAUUCAUGAUGUGGCUUGUUCCUGCUCUCUUCGGCUAUGCAGUUCUUCAACCACUUAUUCGGUACUAUCAAAUGCAAAGCUUGAUUCUUCCCAUGCUGAUAAGCUCGUGUGUCACCCUUUGUUUCCAUGUGCCAGUUUGUUGGGCACUCGUUUUUAAGUCUGGAUUAGAGAAUCUUGGAGGUGCUGUUGCCAUGAGUCUUUCGAUGUGGUUGAACGUGACAAUCCUGAGUUUAUACAUGAAGUACUCCCAGGCAUGCGCAAAAACGCGUUCUCAAAUUUCAAUGAAGAUAUUCGAAGGAAUAAAAGAAUUUUUCCGCUUUGCAAUUCCUUCUGCUGUAAUGAUUUGUCUUGAAUGGUGGUCAUUUGAGCUACUUAUCUUGCUGUCGGGGAUUUUACCAAAUCCUCAGCUUGAAACCUCAGUGCUGUCCGUGUGCCUAAACACCAUAGCUACACUUUAUGCAAUACCAUAUGGACUGGCUUCUGCAGCAAGCACAAGAAUUUCAAAUGAGCUAGGAGCUGGGAGACCAGAGGAAGCUCGUACAUCAGUCAUCGCUCUAAUGCUUAUUGCAGCUGUAAAUGCAAUAAUCGUGAGCACGGGCGUCUUUGCCAGCCAGAAUGUUUUUGGAUACAUUUUCAGCAAUGAGAAAGAAGUCGUGGACUACGUAACAAAGAUGGCUCCUCUUGUUUGUCUAUCUGUUAUAGUGGACAGUCUCCAAGGGGCCCUUUCAGGCGUUGCCAGGGGCUGCGGGUGGCAGCACAUUGGGGCCUAUAUCAAUCUUGCAGCAUUUUAUCUUUUCGGAAUUCCAAUUGCAGCUACGUUGGCUUUCUGGUUGGAUUUUAGAGGAAAAGGUCUAUGGAUUGGAAUACUCUCUGGUGCAACUUUGCAGACGAUCAUGCUUUCCAUUAUAACGAGCUGCACAAACUGGGAAAAACAGGCAGCUAAGGCAAGGGAGAGGUUAUUUGAGGAGAAGUCUUCAUUUGAUGAUAGGCUUACUUGAGCAAAUGAUGAGGCUAUUGCUGUACCAAGGAAUUCCUUUGCGUCAACAUUUUAGUUCUACUAGACCGAAAGAAAUUACUCUUCGACAUUGAAAUUUCAAUACAUAUUUUACUCAUAUUCUAUGUCAAACUCUUUUAUCUCGAUACAACUUUUUAAUUCAUUUUUAAAGACA